CAAUGACAGAAAGCAGCAUUUCCACUGCAGGUUAAUCCCGCUUUUGUUGGUUUGUUUGUUUCAUUGCACGUUCAAUCCUCGCGCGAGCCUUUUGAAACACCUGGAAUGGAAAAACUUUUUCUGCUUCGUCUGGACUGUGGUAAAAAAACUCCCAAGAAAGAAUGAAGUAACCGCAAUGGAGCCGGACAAUGCCCCGUACUCCAAACUCAAAUGCACUGGAGUCGGGGGGAGAUUUCUGAUUCUUUGGACUAUACUCUGUUGCACCUGCUCUCUAAAGCUAGCACACGCACAAGAUGUGGAUGUUCUGCAGCAGCUCGGUCUUUCUGGGCGGAGAUCAGGUGUGUCGUCAUCCUCAGACGCUCGAUCCAUUCCUAAUGGCAUCAUCCCCUUCAAGUCUGGAGUUAUCCUCACCCCGAGAGCACGUAUCCAGGUGCCUCUGCGCACUGUUAUCCCAGCUUCCUACAGCUCCACCAAUCUCUCGCUGAUUCUCAGCCUGUCUGUUCAUCGCGUCAACAGUGCCUUCCUCUUCUCAGUUCUGUCGAAGAAAAGGAAAGUUCAGCUUGGACUGCAGUUCGUCCCGGGGAAGGUCCUGGUACACGUCGGGCCGAGGAGCUCUGUGAGCUUCGACUAUGAUGUCCACGAUGGCCAGUGGCACAGCCUGGCUUUGGAUAUCCAAGGCCAGCAGGUGUUCUUAUACACUUCUUGUGGAAAGAGAAGUGUACAGGCAGAUUUGCGUUCGAAAAAAGAGGAGGCUCUAGACGCAGAGGGCUCUUUCCUGCUGGGCAAAAUGAACCACAACUCGGUGCCGUUUGAAGGCGCCAUCUGUCAGUUUGACAUUUAUCCCUCUGCUGAGGCAGCUCAUAACUAUUGUGAUUACAUUAAGAAACAUUGCAGAGAAGCCGACACAUAUCGGCCCGUGUUUGAACCCCUCUUACCUCUCAUUUCCUCGGAUCCAAAUAUUACUGUCACUCGUAUAACUCCUCUGUCAGUGACGGAGAAAUCCAAAAAUGCUCCGAGUCCUACUUUGGCCUUGACCGAGGAAAGCACCAGGACUAAGAUUUUUGGUCCAAUAGACCGCUUUCUGAUGCUGAACAAAUCAUCUGUGAAUCAGACUGCAAACACACCUAACCCUGUCGCCGUGUCUGUAUCUCUGCCGCCUCAUCCAGGGUUGGAAAGUCAGUAUCAUUUUCCGACUCAAACCUCUUCUACACCUCUUAGGACCAGUUUGACACCACCAAACCCAAAACCAACCUCCCGUGGCAGUGCCGGAAAUAAAACAAAGCAAGGAGAUACUAAUUCUCAGGAACCUCCUGGAGAAAGAAUGGAUUUACCUGCCUCUAUCCGACCAUCGGAGAUGAGGCCAAACCUCCACACCACAGCUGCUGUCAGGCAGGAUUCUCCGUCAAAUGGCGACCUUCAUCCAAUAAAGCAUAAGACAACCGUAGCUCCAGAGAAAUCUGAGCCAAAAGUGCCCAGUCUGCAGGAUGUCAAACCCACCUCACUUAUUCCAGUCACUCCAGCUGCAACAGAUGGCUUCCAAACAUUUGACCUGGACCCGACCCAAUUCUCGCUGCUGGCUGGACCACCUGGACUGAAGGGGGAACCAGGACCACCGGGCCUUCAAGGACUUCCAGGGAUGCAAGGAAAGCCAGGGAAGAGAGGCCCAAGGGGUCCUCCCGGCCCUCAUGGAAACCCUGGUCUUCCUGGACCUCCCGGAGUGAAGGGACAAAAAGGAGAUUAUGGACUGUCACCUGGUCAAUCCCCAAAAGGACUGAAAGGAGAGCCUGGUGUCAUGGGCCCCCCUGGGAUGCAUGGCCAUGAUGGACGAAAGGCCUCCAAAAGGAUGAAGGCCAUCAAGGGGAGCUAA